AUGGAGGCGGUUGCAGCGGCGGCGGCGGCGGCGGACAUGGUGGACCUGAACACCCUCUCGCGCCGCGAGCUCCAGGCGCUCUGCAAGCUCAACGGCGUCCGCGCCAACAUGACCAACCUCGCCAUGGUCGAGGCCCUCCACUCCCUCCCCUCGGUGGACGGGAUCGACCAGAUCGGCACCACGCUCUGCCUCCCGACUCCGGGCAAGUCGGCGAUGAAGUCGGCCCUGCGGACCGCGCCGGCGUCGGACCAGCAGCAGCAAGGGAGUCCGCUCCCGCGCGGCCGCCGCGUGUCCGUCAAGUCUCCGGAGGCCAUCAGGAUGGACGCCAUGGACGAGGAGGGGGACGAGACGAAGCGGGACUUCGUGCGGACCCCCGGCGUCGCGCUGCGCAGCACCAGCCGCCGCGCGCGGGCCACGCCCGCGCCGCUCCUGACUCCGGCGGCUGGCACCCUGCGGAGGAGCCAGAGGUCGACGGUUCGCAAGGCCGCGGCGCCGGUUGAGGAGACCGAGGUCUCCACUGCGAAGAGAUCGACGAGGAAGACCGCGAUUCCGAAGGUCGCGAUUGAUUUUGACCAGGAAGAGGAGGAUGCGGCGGUGGCGACACAGGAGGAGGACAAGGUGCAGCAAGUAGAGCCCAAAGGUGCUACUCCUGACGAGAAAUGUGAUGACCCUGUGGAGGAGGAAGUUACAAAGCUUCCGGAAGAAGGAGAUAUCAAAGAAGAUGAACCAGAGCAGGGAGAGGAAGGAGCUGCUGCAAUUGAGGAAGAAGAGAAGCUUGUCAAUGCUGAGAAAUCUGCUCCCCUGUCAACCAUGGAGGAUUCACCAAUAAUAGGUGUCAUUUCCAAGGUGGCACCUGAACCAGACAUGAAGAACGUUGCAAAUAGCUCGACUGAAGAUCGUGAGGUUCUUGGCAGUUGGUCACCUGUGCGGGAGAUAGCUGAUGAGAUCAACAAGUCCAGUGAAGAUAAGGAAGAUAUUGCUGUUGAAGUGCCUGAGGAAGCCGUCAAGGAAGAUGCUACCAAUUCCACCAUUGAGGAUGCUGCUGCACCUAGCAACAUGGCUCCAGCUGCUAUGACUGAGAAGGACGUCACUGUUGAUGAGAGUGCUGAGGAAUAUAAUCUUGUUGCGGAGAACAGAGAGGAAGCUGACCUCACAGAGCAGAGCAGGGAGGUGGGUGAUCUCGAUCAAGAGGAGGAGGAUAUGCUGAAGGCUGACCGUACUAUUGAUGAAGAGAGUGAUGAGACCAUUGAGGAGGCUGCUGCACCUAACAAGAUGAUCCCAGCUGCUGUGACUGAGAUGGAAGUCGCUGUUGAUGAGGUGCCGCAGGCUGAUCUGACCGACGAUGAGAGUGCUGAUGAAUAUGAUCAAGAUCGAGAGAGCAGCAAGGAAGCUGAACUCAGUGAAGAGAGUGGCGAGGUGGAUGACCUCAAUGAGGAGGAGGAGCAUAUGCUGAAGGCUGACCAGACAGUGGAUGAAGAGAGUGACUAUACCGUUGAAGUGAACGGCUCCACUGACGUGAACUUUGAUUCAGACGAAGAAGAGGAGCAGCUUGAGAUGGUGGAGACAGGAGAAGAGACAAAGGAAGUCGAGGAUAGCGACUCACUCACAGGAGAGGAAGAUGAUUUCAACGGUGAUCUGUCAUCAGAGUUUGACGGGAAUUUCAGUGAUGCUGAAACUGAAAGCGACAGCUCUCCUGUGGCGCUGGAGGGAAUACAUGUUGCUGGUGUUGCUGUCUCAUCUCCAGCCAAGGAAUCUGAAGAAUCUGUAAUUACAGAAGAUACAGAAGUGCCCAGCGAGGAGGGUGUGGUUUCACAGCACGUCGAGACCAUUGUCGGGUCUCCGUAUAAGGUCACCAUCGCUGAGGAGAAGAAAGAAGAGUGUCCAAAGGAGAAGAAGCAGCUGAAAGUUGGAAAGGAAAUGAGCCUAAGGAAGCUGAAGAGCGCUUACAAGGAGAGCCUCAUUGCUGCCAAGGGAGGGAAGACGCUGACCCUCGCCAGCGACGAAGGCAGCAGGGUGGCGCUUGCGGAACUUGACGACAACGCCGAAUGCUGAUAGAUCGGCCCAGGAGUUCACAGGAAUCAUCAUGCAUCUGCUCUAGCCCUGAAGUGAAAACUAGGCUUUGCAUCUUUCUGUUUUCAUUUCCAAAUGCUGUGGUUGAAGUGACCGCUCCAAGUUUUCGUGUGUGUGUGGUGAGAGCAUUGGGUUGUGAAACCAUGGUUUCUCUGAACCAACCUGCAGUUUGUGUUGGUUCUCUCCACCUUUUUUUUCAGUUCUUCAGGUCGUUUUGUGUUGGUUCUGUGACAUGUCAAAUGGAUAUGAACUAUACAUAUACUGGGUUGAUCAGACAGCCUUGUUAAUCGUAUACAUA